AUGAAUCAAGAAAUGGACAAGGAAGAAAAACAAACAAAAACAAGAAUUGUUUCUUCAGAGAAUCAACCAGCUAAAACAACAGAAAAUAAAACAGUGAAAUAUGAAACAUGUAAAACGGUUUCUACAUCCAUGAAUUCAGAGGAAACAGGAGAAAUUGAUCAAAACGAACAUGGAGUAACUCAAAAACCUAUAGUUUCUCCAGGACCAGCUUGCCAUAAGGAGGAUGAGAAAUCAAUGAAAAAGAAGAAUCAAACUCUUGCUUGUUCAAAAGUUAUGAAAUCCAGGCAUGUGUCAUAUGAUAGAACAGAACCAAAGGAUGAUGAUGCGAUACUACAUAUUAUUCGGUUAAGAGGAAAGCUUGGUUUGCAAACUGUAUUACUGCAGCAUGAUUUGAAAUACAAAAGUUCUGAGACUGUGAUGAAGAGGAUCAUGCUAAAGGAACCUUUGAAAGAUGAUGGAGAAUAUGUAUAUUGCCUUCCUCGUUGUAAUCCUAAAGUUCCUUACAAUCCAUAUGAUCUUCAGGCAGUCUCUGCUCACACAGCUAGACAUUGCAAAGAAUUUUGGAUUAUUACUGCUUCAUUUAUUUCAAAGGUUACUAAAAUAGAUGAUACAGAAGAAAUAGAACUCCUACCUAUUAUGGAAUGGUUAAUGGAAAGAAAAUGUUAUUACUUAUUACAGACUUUCAAGAUAUUUUUCAAUUUCCGAAUUAAUAAAGCAUUUGUUACCUGGAAAUUGAAUGUUAAAAGAAUUAAGACAGAGAAGAGCAGGUCAUUUUUGUACCGCCAUCUUUUUUGGGCUGAUGAGUCAUUUCAAGGCUGUUUGUUUUAUAUCAGAGGACUUUGUGAAGAUGCAGUUAACUUCAAAACAAGUAAUGGACAAGAAGAUAAUCCAUCUGCCAUAUACCUUGUAAAGCUGGAUAGGUCUCGUACGUAUUCUCUAGAUGAAUUUUGUGAAGGACAAUUACAACAAGCUGCCCAGGCAUUGAAACAGCUUGAGGAUAUCAGGGAUAAAGCAAUUACAAAGAUAAAAAGAACAAUUUUAAAGGUGGCAGAAAAGAAAGAUUUGAAAAAAUACUUUGAAUCAAACACCUCUGAAUAUGACACAACACGAUUCAAACUGCCUAAAUUUCGACGUCUGUUAGAAACAGUUUUCAGGUUUCUGAUGCUGGUUGACUACAUAUUUCAGGAACUCAUCCGUCAACUUAUGAACACUGCAGUCACACUACUUUUGGAUUUAUUUAAUUGUUCUGCUAGAAUGCCAUUUUCAAUGGAAAAAAAAAAUGAAGAACUCAUCAGAACGUACAAGGACAAUUUACCUUUCAUUGGGGAUGUGUCUUUAACAAAUGACUAUGAAGAACUCAAAGAUUCAAACCUGUAUGUUACUCAUGUUCUUAAAUCAGAUGUCAAAACAGAAACUGAUAUGGAUGAGAUUUUGAAUGGCAUUAAAGUGAAGACAGAUUUGGGAAAAAUGUAUGCGCCAAUAUUUGAAGUACAUCUACAUUUGAGGACUCCUGCUCAGAUUUAUUCUUCAGAAAACUCUGAGGAAAACAUUUAUGAAUAUGACAGAUCCCCUAGGAAAUCUAUCGUAUAUUUUGAAGGAGAUGACCUGUCAGAUGAUAGUGAAGAACUGCCCACAAAAGUUGAGAAAACAAAAAAACUUAGUUACAAUCUUGAAGGACGUCUUUUGGAUAUGGAAAUUGCAACGGAGUCUGAGAUUAAAUGCACAUAUGAAGAAGUUUCAGAAUUCUCUGCAAAUCUCUUUAUAGUUCCAAACAGACUGAUGUUUUCAAUAAAAAUUCAAAAUAUGGUGACUAAUAUCGAGAAAUGUAUAACCACAAUUAUUCCUCUUUGCCGAGAUCCCCGCAUGUCUAUCUUUAUUGAUUUGGCUUCUUCCAUUAUGGAUUUACCUAAUAAGACAGAAAGUGCAAGAGAAUGUAAGAAAACCAGAUGGCCAGAUUGUCAGAUCCUUUUUGAAAUGGACCCUGUCUACCAAAAUAAAAUUGUGAGUCUCCUGUCUGUUAUUGGUAAUUCAAUGGGCAUAGUUAGUUCUUACAGCAGCAAAUUUCUAAAGUAUUGUACCAUGGUGGAAAAAGCCAAAAUCAUGAGUAUGAAAAUGUCAUCUAUGGGAGGAGAAUUAACUUCACCACAGUUUAGAAAAAUACUAGAUAAAUUCAGGAAAUAUCUUACAUAUAUCGUGCAUAUGACCACUGAGAAACGCAUUGGUAUUUUCAAUGUUAUGAGUGGGGAUUAUCAGUCAGAAUGCUUACUAUAUGCUCAUGAUGUCAUAAACAUGAGCCACAACCUCUUGCGAAAUGUAAUUCAACAAAAGAAUGAAAAUUUAUUGGAGAUUGUAGAAUCAUCACUGAGAAAGGUGGAAUGCGAACCCACUGAAAUAGAAGAAUUUAUGGAACAGUUUACUUUUUUGGAUGAAAUUUCCUCAAACAUUUCUAAAUUAGAAAAAGACUACUUAAUAAUUGCUCAACUGAAUGCAGUUGUAAGGUAUUAUCAGAUCUAUAUUCCACAAGAGCAAGUUGCUAUAUACAAAAUCCUUCUUAUCAAGUUUAGUCAGCUAAAAGCAGCUGUGAAGUUAAGUGAAACAAACAAAGAUACUGCUAUUGCUAAAUUCAGAGAAAAUUUGGAAGCAUAUCUCACAGGUCUCCAGGCUGAUGCUAUUAAUUUAAAAGCAAAGGUAAGAAGUUCUGUUCUACUAUGUGCUAGUACUCGAGUAUCAACAGCAAUGGAAAUGAUGCAGACUAUCUCAGAAGAAGCUGCAAGUCUAUCUAACAAAGCUAAAACAUAUGCAACUUAUCAGGAUCGUUUCGAAGAUUUCCAAUCUCAUAACCACUCUCUUAAUAUGGAGGAAAUUACACACAUUGUGCUUUCAGAGAUCUCUGAAAUUGAAUGUGACUUAACUUUGAGGAAAUUGUUGUGGGAAGCACAAGAGGAAUGGGCAACACUCUCUUGGGAAUGGAGGAAUACUUCUCUUCAAAGUAUCGAUAUAGAAUCAGUGCAGAGAAAUGUUUCAAAAUGGAUGCACAUCAUCUUAGUACUAGAAAAAGGUUUACCUAAAAAUGAUUUGCUAACAAAUUUUAAGCAAUCAGUGACAGAUUUUAAACAAGAGCUGCCUAUCAUCAUAGCUCUGGGAAACCCCUGUCUCAAACCAAGGCAUUGGGAGGCUAUCCAUGAGAUUAUUGGAAAGUCAGUUUCCCUUGAUAAAAACUGUUCAAUAGAGAAUCUUCUAGCACUCAAGAUGUUUCAGUAUGAAGAUGAAAUAAAUGAAAUAUCAACUGCAGCAACUAAUGAAGCUGCUCUUGAAAAAAUGUUAUUUAAGAUUAUUGAUCUUUGGAAUGCUACUCCUUUACAUUUGGUUCUUCAUCACACGGAGACUUGCCCUAUCCUAAUAAUUUCUUCCAUAGAUGACAUAUUAGCUCAGUUAGAAGAGUCUCAAGUCACACUUGGAAUACUUAAAGGAUCUUCCUAUCUUGGUCCCAUUAAGGAUCUUGUGGUUGAAUGGGAUCAAAACUUGACUCUCUUCUCUUAUACUCUUGAGGAAUGGAUGAAUUGUCAAAGAAAUUGGCUUUAUCUUGAACCAAUCUUUCAUUCUUCAGAAAUACAAAGGCAGCUUCCAGCAGAAGCAAAACUUUUCUCUAAGGUGAUUGUCAUGUGGAAAGAUGUAAUAUCAAAAGUACAAAACAAACUGAAUGCUUUGCAAAUAACCACGUCUGCAGGAGUCCUUGAAAUUCUGAAAAAUUGUAAUACACAUCUUGAAAAAAUAAAGAAAAGUCUUGAGGACUACCUUGAAAUCAAAAGAACGAUUUUCCCAAGAUUUUACUUCCUUAGCAACGCUGAACUUCUUGACAUUCUAGCUUAUAGUAAAAAUCCUGAGUCUGUACAGCCUUAUCUUGUGAAAUGUUUUGAAAAUAUAAGACACUUAAUGAUACACAAACAAGAAAUCGGCCCUCCUGCUAUAACGAUGCUUGUAUCAGCUGAAGGAGAAAGUCUUGUGUUGCCAAAGAAAAUUCGAGUAAGAAGUGCUGUAGAACAGUGGCUAGUAAAUGUGGAGAAAAGCAUGUUUGAUUUGUUAAACAAAUGACAACAUUUGUACAAUGUUGUUUUACUUUUUCAGAGCCAGAUCAUGUUUUAUAAUGAUUGUAUCAAAAGUUUUAUGAGUUCUCAUUCAAAAGAAGAUUUGGAAAAAGUCCUUGUUGGUGUGCUAGGUAUUCUAGAAGAGAUUACAGAUCUGAUAGUGCUGGAUAUUAACAACUCUAGAAAAAAAGCUGUCCUAGGGUCAUUGCUUAUCCUUUAUGUCCACUGUAGAGAUAUAGUGAGAAAUUUACUCUCUAAAAAUAUCUUCAAUGGAGAGGAUUUUGAGUGGACAAGACAUUUGCAAUAUAAAUGGAAUGAAAAACAAAAGUUGUGCUAUGUAUCUCAAGGAGAUGUGAGUUUUACUUAUGGCUAUGAGUACAUGGGUUGUUCCCCAAGAUUGGUUAUUACACCUCUCACAGACCGAUGCUGGUUAACUCUCACUGGAGCACUCCACUUGAAUCUAGUCGGCUGCCUUGCGGGUCCAGCUGGUACAGGAAAAACUGAGACUAUCAAAGAUCUAGCAAAAGCCUUAGGAAAACACUGUGUGGUCUUCAACUGUUUUGAGAAUUUGGAUUAUAAGAUAAUGAGAAAAUUCCUAUUUGGACUAGUUCAGUCAGGAGCAUGGUGUUGUUUUGAUGAAUUCAAUAGAAUUGAUGUGGAAGUUCUCUCUGUCAUAACCUCACAGAUCCUAACAAUUAAGAAAGCAAAAGACAGCUAUUCUGUCAGGUUUGUACUGGAAGGAAAAGAAAUUCGUAUCAAUAUGUCUUGUGCGAUAUUUAUCACCAUGAAUCCUGGAUCCAAAGGUCAAGUAGAACUCCCAGAUAACUUGAAAUAUCUGUUUCGCCCAGUGGCAAUGAUUGUGCCCCAUUAUCAAAUGAUUAUUGAAAUAAUUCUGCUUUCAAUUGGCUUCAAAUCUUCAAAAACACUCUCUAGGAAGCUAGCUAGCAUUUAUGAAUUAGCUAGCAAACAUCUCUCACAACAGGAUCACUAUGAUUUUGGCAUGAGGUCCCUGAAGAUGGUGUUAAUAAAGGCUGGAAAGAAGAAACAUGAGUUUAAAAGUCUUUCUGAAACAGACGAAACCCUAAUUAUUAUCCAGGCUAUGAAAGAAGCAAAUUUGCCAAAAUUUCUUCCUGCUGAUGCCCCACUUUUUGAAAAAAUUAUAGGAGAUAUUUUUCCUGGAGCUACAGUUCCCAGCAAAACUCAAUUUGCCUUGAAGAAAGCAAUAUCUAUUGCAACAUUGCAAUUAGGCUUUCAGCAUUGGCCAGCUCAGGAAGAGAAAAUCAUACAAUUUCAUAAUCAACUUCAGGCUUGUGUUGGUGUGAUGCUAGUAGGCCCAACAGGUGGAGGAAAGACAGCAGUCAGAAGAAUUCUAGAAAAAGCUUUAAUAUUUUUACCAGUUGUUGACAUCUUACCAAAUGAAGAAAGGCUAUCUAUUUCAAAGAUUCCAGGAAGAAAAGGAAAAGUAGAUAUUUGUGUUAUAAAUCCAAAGUGUAUCACUCUUAAUGAACUCUAUGGACAACUGAAUCCUAACACAAUGGAAUGGACUGAUGGGUUAUUAUCAGCAACAGUUCGAAAUUAUGUACAUUUUAACACUAAAAGUCACUCAAAGAAAGACCUGACUCUUGAAUUAAAGUUGAGAAUCUCAGACUUAUCUAAUGUUUUCAAACUUGAUUCCUCUGAUGCAGCAGAUAUUGUGAAUAAUAUUUGUGAGAAGGAGAUAGAUAAAGCUGUUAAAACUCCAGAAGAUCAGAAUUUUGAUUGGCAGUGGAUUAUUUUAGAUGGUCCAGUGGAUACCUUGUGGGUGGAAAAUCUAAACACCGUGCUAGAUGAAAGUAGAACAUUUUGCCUAGCAAACAGUGAGAGAAUAGCUUUAACUAAUAGAAUAAGAAUGAUUUUUGAAACAGACAGCCUGUCUCAGGCUAGUCCUGCCACUGUCAGCCGAUGUGCAGUGGUCUAUAUGGAUCCUGUUGAUCUAGGAUGGAAACCUUAUGUUAAAUCAUGGCUUUGGAAAACUUCCAAAAUUAUGAGUCAAACAGGAGUGGAUUGUCUUGAGUUCAUGAUUAAUGCAAGUGUUGCAGAUGGACUACAGUUUCUAAAGAAGCAUCAGAAAUUUCAGCCAUUUCCUGUACAGGACAUAACAAUCAUUGUGACCCUCUGUAGAAUUCUUGACUCUUUCUUUGAAUUCAUGAGUGAAAAUGGAGGCUUUGGACAAAGUGAUGGUUUAAAAGACACUUCAACUGUGGAGACAAAUCUUUCAAAACUGAAAACCUCUGUCAAGUUCAAGGAUAUAGACAACAGGGCUGAAGAUCCAUGGUAUCUGAAGAGAAAUCCUGAUAAAUUAACAGUAAUGAUUGAAAAGCUUUUUGUGUUUGCAUUUACUUGGGCAUUUGGAGGAACUUUAAAACGUGAAGAUGAACAUGAAGAUGAUAUACUAUGUGGUGCAAAGUUUGAACCUGAUUCUCUUGCAAAAGUAACCUAUGCUUUUGACCACCUUGUUCGUAAAAUAUUCGAAAACAAUUCACAAGCAGGCAUCCACCUACCAAGUGGCGAACAGUCUAUCUUUGGAUAUUUUGUGGAUAUACAGCAGUGUGAAUUUGUACCUUGGUCAGAAUUAGUUCCUAGUGUUCAGACACUAGUUCAAAGAGGGACUUCAUUACUAGCUGAUCUUCAAGGAUCCAGUGAAAACCUCUUGAAGAUAACAGAAAGUGGAGAGUACAUUAAUCAUACUGCUACCAGAGAUACAGCAUGCCUUUCUUUCCUCACAAGCUUUCUUUUAAAGAAUUCCUACCCUGUACUUCUCACAGGAGAGUCUGGUGUUGGGAAAACCAUUACCAUUCACCAAAUGCUUAAAAAGUUAAAGGGACCAGGAGCAUUUGAUAUAAAAUAUGGAUCAAUUUUAGGAGAAGUCCUAUUAUAUAAUGAAAUUAAAAAGUCAAGCCUGAAACAGAAUAUCAGCAUCUUGUUUUCUGAAACUCAUAAAACAACAGUAGGAAAUUCUGAUAAGACGACUAAAAAGUCAGGAGUUAGAACUGAUGAAAGUUCAUUUAAAAAUAUUAAAAAACGGAUUAUAGUCUCCACAAUAAAUUUAAACACCAAUAUGACAGCUGCCAAAACCAAGGAGAUGAUUCUUAAGCAGUUAGUAAGAAGAAGUAAAGACACUCUUGGAGCACCAAAAAACAACAGGAUUGUAGUGUUUAUUGAUGAUCUGAAUAAGCCAGCACCAGAGAUAUAUGGAGCACAACCACCUCUGGAAUUGAUCAGACAAUUAUUAGAUUUGGGAGGGAUUUAUGACACUGGAAAACUUGCAUGGAAGAAUAUUCAAGAUUUCUCUCUAGUUGCAGCCUGUGCUCCGCCAGUUGGUAGGAGGACUAUUAGCCCACGACUCCUCAAACAUUUUUCCAUACUGGUGUUACCUCAUCCUCCACAAAGUGCCUUAAAUACGAUUUUCCAGGCUCAUUUGGAAACGUAUUUCUCCAUAAAUAACUUCGCAUCUGAUGUUCAGAAAAGUAAGGAUGAACUCAUAUGUUGUUCCCUAGCUAUAUACUAUCAAGUACUUCAGACUAUGUUACCAACUCCAGCAAAGUGUCAAUACAUAUUUAAUCUUCGAGAUUUGUUUAAGCUUCUUCUAGGAUUACUGCAAGCUGACAAGGCUGUUAUUAACUCUAAAGAGAUGGCUGCUCUGUUCUUUGUUCAUGAAGCCGCCCGAGUAUUUCAUGAUCGCUUAAUUGAACCCACUGAAAAAGGACUUUUCUAUCAAUUUCUUUCAAAGGAGCUUGAGAACUAUUUUCAGAUUGGAAUAGAUGGAUGUGGAAAAAAAACUUGUACAACUUUGGCCUGUUACUUGACAGAACACAAACUAUACCAAAUACCUAUAUCUCACAAUUACAUCUACCUAGAAUUCAAAGAAGACUUUAAAAAAGUGUUCAUUCAAACAGGAUUAGAAGGAUACUCCACUGUUAUGAUGGUUACUAAUUUAAAUAUAGAUCAAGAGAUAUUUUUGGAAGAUUUGUAUUGCAUUUUCAAUUCUGGAACAGUACCUGACUUGUUUGAAAAUGAGGAGCUGGACUCUAUUGUACUAAGGAUUAGACCUCUUGCUGAACAGGCUGGUUACAUGGAUAAUACUAGGGAAUCUUUACUUUCAUUCUUCCAAAAGAUAAUUCAUAAAAAUCUUCAUAUUUUUAUGACCAUGAAUCCUUUAGAACCUAACUUUCGCCAAAGUUGUAGAGCAUAUCCUUCUAUGAUCAGUUCCUGUACAAUUGAUUGGUAUGAGAAGUGGCCAGAAGAGGCUCUUCUUACUGUAGCCAAUUCUUUCUUAACAGAAAAGGUGAAUUUGGAGAACAGAAAGAAUUUAAAAGAAAAACUUGCCCCAACAUGUGUCCAAAUCCACAAAAGUAUAGCAGAUUUAAGCAUAAAAUUCUUUGAAGAAACUAGAAGGCAUUAUUAUAUCACUCCCAGGAGCUACUUGCACUUCAUGGGUACAUUUGCACACAUUUUGAAGUCACGAGAGAAAGAGAUGCAAAUGAAGAGGGAUCGUUUUCAUAUGGGUCUAUCAAAGAUCUUGGAAGCAACUACGCUAGUUACAGACAUGCACGAGGAGCUCUUGAUUCUUGGUCCUCAAAUAGAACAAAAAACAAAGGAAAUAGAAAUCCUACUGGAAAAAUUACAGAAAGAAUCACAAGUAGUUGAGAAAGUUCAGAUGCUUGUUAAACAGGAUGAAGAAAUCAUGGCAGAAGAAGUAAAAAUUGUGGAAGAAUAUGCUCAGAAAACUACCAAUGAACUUAAAAGUGUAUUGCCAGCUUUUGAGAAGGCACUUGUGGCUCUAAAUGCUCUGGACAAAGCUGAUGUUGCUGAAUUAAGAGUAUACACAAGACCUCCCUUCCUUGUACUGACUGUCAUGAAUGCAGUUUGCAUUCUUCUUCAAAAGAAACCUAACUGGACUACAGCAAAGUUACUUCUUUCAGAAACAGGUUUCCUGAAAAAACUGAUUAACCUUGACAAAGACAGCAUACCUGAGAAGGCUUUCAUAAAACUGAAAAAAAUUUUAAGCUUACCUGAUUUCAACCCAAGCAAGAUUGCUCUAGUUUCUGUUGCCUGUUGCUCUAUGUGCCAGUGGGUUAUAGCUUUGAAUAAUUACCAUGAAGUACAGAAGGUGAUGGGUCCUAAACAAAUGCAAGUGGCUGAAGCACAAAAUGUCCUUAAAAUUGCAGGACAAAGGUUAGCAGAGAAACAAAAAGGUCUGCAGAUGAUUGAAGAACAUCUGCUGUCUUUGCAAGCAACCUACAAAAAUGUCAUUGCUGAAAAAGUACUACUAGCAAAUCGGAGAAAACUAGCCACCAGGCGAUUACAGUGUGCAUCUAUCCUACUAACUGCCCUGGAAGAUGAAAAGACUAGAUGGCAAGAAACAAUUGAUCAAACAGACAAGAAAUUGAAAGGAAUUCUGGGUGACAUACUUAUUUCAGCAGCAUGCAUUGUCUACAGUGGAGUAUUAACAGUAGAAUUUCGCCAGCUGAUUGUAAAUAAAUGGGAGAAUUUAUGUGCUGAAAAUAACAUUUCUUUGUCUUCAAACUUUUCAUUAAUUCAAGUCAUGGCACAAGAAAAUGAGAUCCGCCAGUGGCAUAAUCAGGGGCUGCCUCUUGGUCAAUAUUCAGCAGAAAAUGCCAUCUUGAUCAAGAAUGGCCAUCAGUGGCCCUUGCUGAUCGACCCCCAUAAGCAAGCACACAGCUGGAUCCGUCAGAUGGAAGGGUCCAGACUGCAGGAACUCUCCAUCAAGGACAGCAAUUACAUCAAAAAAAUUGAAAAUGCUAUGAAAACAGGAGGGAGUAUCCUGUUGCAGAAUCUCCCUGAAACAUUACCUCUAAGUUUAAAAGCAAUUUUGAAGAAGGAUAUCUAUAAGAAAAGAGGACAGUAUUUCAUAAGGAUUGAUGAUUCUGAGACUGAAUACAAUUCCAAAUUUAGGUUAUACAUAUCUACAGAAAUAGCCAACCCUCAUUUUCUUCCAUCAGUUCAUAACUUUGUUACCAUGAUCAACUUUACAGUAACAUUCCAAGGUUUACAAGAUCAACUCUUGUCUACUGUAGUAAUGCAUGAAGUCCCUCAUUUAGAAAAUCAACGUUUCAAGUUGCUGGAGAAUAUUUCCCUCGACACUAUAACUCUCGAAGAACUGGAGGAAAAAACAUUAAAUUUGUUGCAGAAAACACAAGGAUGCAUAUUAGAUGAUGAGGCUAUCAUAGACAUCUUUAAAAAAUCCAAAAUGACUUCAAAUGAAAUUUCAAAGCGCAUCAAAGAAACAGAAAAAGCAGAGCACAAUAUUCAAGCAAUACGUAAAAACUACCUUCCCAUCGCUACUCAAGGCGCCCUGCUUUACUUUCUAGUAGCAGAUCUUAAACACCUCAACUAUAUGUACCAAUUUUCCCUAGACUGGUUUCGUCAGCUUUUUGUUUCAUCAGUAGUUUCCAAAAGCAAAGAACACUUUAACUCAGGUCCUAGUUUGAAAAAGGAGGGAAAAGAUCAUAAAAUGACAAAUUUCUCAGAAGAACCUAACUUGGAAAGUGAGAAACAUUCCUUGAAUGAGCAUAUUAAAAAUGCAAUGAAAGUGUUGACAAGAAAUAUAUUUAAGGCGGUUUCUUCAACUCUAUUUAAUCAGCAUAAACUUUGCUUCUCCUUUCGGCUUUGCACUGAGAUCAUGAAAAAUAAUGCCAGUGAAAGUCUAAUGUGGGAUGACAUUGGAUCCCUACAGGAUGAAGAAUGGAAUAUCUUCUUAAAUUCUGGCACAUUGACAAAUAUUAAAGGUGUAAUGCCCCAGCUGAAACUUAACAACAUAUUUGAAAGAUGUAAAAAGCAACAUCUUCAGUGGCUGUCAGAAUCCAGGUGGAAGCAGUGCCAAUAUGUCAGCAGUCAGCUAGAACCAUUUUCACUUCUAUCCAAAUCCCUUCUAUCAAAUAAAUCACAAUGGGAUGCUUUCAAUAACAGUAAGGCUAUAGAUUUUCUGAUGAGCACACCCUUCCAAUCAGAAAAGACUUCCCUGGAGAAAACUGAACUUCUGAAUGAUGAUGAAGAAAUGUGUAGUCCUAUAAAUUUUCCCUGGGAGAAACUCACUUCAUUUCAAAGACUUAUUUUGGUAAAAAUUCUUAGACCAGAAUGUUUAAAGAAUUCAGUGAGAAAAUUUGUUACUGAAAAUAUGGGAAAUGAAUAUCUUCAUACAACUGAAAUAAACUUGAAAGAACCAUAUAAAGAAUCUAAUGCCAGAACUCCACUGAUACUUAUUCACUCUCAUGGAAUUGACCCUACCAGCAUUCUCCUGAGAUUUGCACAAGAGUUCAAAGGAACAACACAUCAUGUGACCAUAAUUUCUUUGGGUUGUGGCCAGGCAGCUAAAGCAGAAGACCUUAUUGUGAAGGCACUAACCAAAACACCACAGUGGGUCUUCCUCCAGGACUGCCGCCUUUCAGCAUCACUUUUGCCACAGCUUUGCACCAUCAUAGAAUCGCUUAAUAGUCCAAAUGUAACAAUAGACCCUGAGUUUAGACUAUGGUUAAGCUCAAAAUCAGACAGUUCUUUCCCAAUUCCUAUCCUUCAAAACAGUUUAAAGAUUGCAGUGGAAUAUCCCCAGGGAUUGAAAAGUAAUUUACUUCAGACGUUUGGACAUAGUGGAAGUGGAGAGGUAACAGAAGAGAUAUUUGAAAAUACUGACUGUGGACCAUGGUGGAAAAAAAUUUUAUUCAGCCUGUGUUUUUUCAAUGCUAUGAUCAAUGAAAGAAAAAAUUACGGUAUAUUGGGCUGGAAUAUUCCUUAUGAAUUUAGCUCUUCAGAUUUGGAGGUUGCCAUAAAGAUGUUGGAAAAUGUCCUGAGCAAACAUUCUGCCAUUCCAUGGCGGGCAUUACGCUACCUGAUUGGGGAAGUGAUUUAUGGAGGCCGAGUGGCUGACGACUGUGAUAAGCAAUGCUUACAGACCCUUCUCUACAAAUUUUGUAAUCCUGAAGUGCUGAAAGAUGACUUCAGUUUCUCAAAUGAUGAGUCAGUGCCAGAAUCUGCACACAUAAAGGACUGCAUAUUCAUUAUCCAAUCCUUACCUGAUGAUGACUCUCCUGAGGUCUUAGGAAUGCAUCUCGAGGCUACAAGGAGCUACAAGGUAACCCAGGGUGAGGAAUUCAUUGAAAGCCUCAUUGCCAUGGAACCAACAACUGCCACUAUCAGCCUCACAAUCAGUCGUGAACAGAGUAAUGAUAAGCUAGUGAUGGAAAUUUUAUCUGACAUACUGAAGCGGCUGCCACUGACAGUAGAGAAAGAAGAAAGUUCUGGAAACACAAACACAUUAAAGAGUGUGAUGUCAAGUCCCAUUUGGAAGUCUCUUAAUCAAAAUGUCAAAGGCCAUGAUCUCCUUAUCCAUUGUGUCUUACUAACCUAUUUGAGCCAAGAAAUUGAACGAUUUGAUAAGUUAUUGUCUGUCAUACAUAAAUCUUUGGAAAAUCUUCAGCUUGCUUUAAAAGGAAAGGUCGUCCUCACUCAAAAAUUGGAGGAUAUAUAUGAUUCUUUUCUUAAGAUGAGAGUGCCUACAUUGUGGCAGAAAUGCUCCUACAAGUCAUGUAAGCCCCUGAGUUCCUGGGUUAAUGAUCUCAUCCAGCGAUUGAAUUUCUUCAAUACCUGGGCUAAAAUGGCGUACACUGCAAUACAUCGUCGGUAUAUGAGAUUUCUCACAGCUUGGAAGCAGUCUAGCUCAUCAAUUAGCCAAAAAUCCAAACACCCUGCUCAAAGUGAUUUAUUUGAAGGAUUUCCUGUAAAAUACUGGCUCCCAGCCUUCUUCUUCCCAGAAGGCUUUCUUACUGCUGUGCUUCAAGACUAUGGAAGAAUUAAAGGAAUCUCUAUAGAUGACCUCACAUUUACCCACCAAGUGAUUUCUGACACAGUUGACGUGGAAGAUGAGGAGUUCUCCAGAAUGAUCCAAAAGAAACUCAACAUAGUCAGGAGAGCCUUUAAGGGCACGAACUCAUCACACAUUGGAGUUCACACUUUUGGUUUGUUCAUCGAUGGGGCAAGAUGGAAUCAUGAACAAAAAAUACUAGAUGACUCACUGCCUCUUGAGAUCUGUUGCGAUUUUCCUGAAAUCUACUUUUUGCCAACAAAGAUUUCUACUGCAAAACCAAAUGCUUCCAACCAAACAGACUCAGAACUCUAUACUUUUGAAUGCCCCAUUUACCAGACACCUAAAAGGUCAAGAAUUUUGACAAAUAGCACUUUAUCCACAAACUUUUUAACAUCAGUGUGUUUACCAACGCGGAAACCUCCUAGUCACUGGAUCAAAAUGCGGGUUGCAUUGCUGUGUGAGAUGAAAGAAUGA